UGUUGCUGAGACGUGUUUUAGAGCGGUUGUGUUUUUGCCUGGUCAACAAACGUAUUUUGAAGCGGUCUAACGACUGACCGUUUAAUUAAUACAUUUUAAUCAAUAAUAAACUCUCAACAAUUUUACUAAAUAAACAAUUGGAAAAUAAUUUAAGUUAAUUAACAUAUCAAAACGAUAAGACUAAAUUUGAAUAAAAAACCAAAGAAAAUGCUAACACGAAUGUUCAAGAAUAGAAAUGAAUUUAAACAUUCAAGGCCACAGCUAAUGGUGAUGAUGAUGAUGAUGCACUGGACACUGAUAAGCAUCAUGCUGUUGCAACAAAUGAAAACAACAGACGCUGUCAAAUUCAAAGGCGAUAAUUGUAUGACCAAAAAUCAACCAGGUAUUUGUAAAGAAUGGGGCGAAUGUCCCAUUAUAAAAACUUUAAUCGAAAGUGGCGAAUAUACAAAUCGCCAGGUAGUAAGUUGUGGUUUUGGCAUAAGAGAAGAGUUAAUUUGUUGCCCGGUCAUUCGAACUGAUCAAACUACUGAAACGACCACUGUGACAAAUGAAGAUCGUUUUAUAGUACCAACGACCACUCAAGCUCCCGUAAGAGAUUUUUGGUUAGAUUUAUUGGAAAAUACAACAAGCUCCACCACAUCAGCUCCCGACUUUUGGUUAGAUUUAUUGUCAACGACACCACCAACCACCACUACAACUAGCACCACCCUAAAACCCUUAAUUGUAGGAGAACAAAGAUUAAAUGAAAGUUCGGAAUAUUUCGAUUUUAAUGCGUUAUUAACUGGAAAUCAAAAUGGUGGAGCCAAGUCGGAACGGCAAACAGCAGCGGGGGGUAAUAGACCAAAUAAUAAUCCCGCUAAUGUGGGUUUCGUGGGUGGGAAUGGUAAUGGCAAUGGUCGUGGUCAUGCCAAUUUAAACACUGGACCAGUCAAUAUAAAUCAAUGGAAUUUUGAAUCACAAAAUAAUGGUAGAGGCAAUAAUGGUCAAACUACUUUUAGAGGAAAUGGCAAUGGAAAUUUUGGUAGAGGCCAGCAAAACAAUAAUGGAAGAGGUCAAUUAAAUGGUCAACAAAAUUUUGGUAGAGGCCAGUUGAAUGGCCAGCAAAGUAAUAAUGGCAGAGGUCAACAAAAUAAUGGGCGUGGACAUAACAAUGGCAGGGGUAGAACUGGCAAUGGAAAUCAAAAUCAAAAUCGAGGUUUUAUCUUUCCCGAAAACGAUAUGAAACCCAACCAAUUGUUUGAAAAUGUUAAUACUCCAAAUCUUAGGCCUGGUAGGCCAGUAAAUACCAUGCAAGAACAGAAUCCAAAUAUUCAAGUUGCUAAUAAUCUCAUUAACAACAAUAAUGCCGAAAAUAGUAAUAAUGAGGAUAGUAGAAUAGAGAAUCUUAUCAAGGAUAUUUUUGAUACUUCCAACCCCACAAAUGAUAAUUCUCAAGCUGCUACAACCAGUAACCAAGAAAAAACGCCUGAAAUAAAUAUUGAUGAUUCUAUAGCAAGUAUUUUCAAUGUCCAAAAGCCUAACACUCCUCCGUCUACUUCGACAAAUCCUGCACAAAUUGUAAACAAUCCUCAACCCGUGAUGUGGUUAACUCCUCAAGAUAAUCAUAACAAUCAUGGAGUGGAGGUGUUAGAUCUUAAUGCACCUCAUCAGCAAAUAGAAUUUAUAAAUCCCCAUGCUCCAGGACAUUUUCAAAUUAUACCUGCCGUAGAGCAUCAGGUGGCUGGCAAUGAUCUGGAUGUAGCACCAUCCACUAGUUUCAUACAACAACCUGUAGUGGUAGAGACUUGGUCUAAUAAUCCCAUUCACACACCCCAGUUCAAUCCCGUGCAAAUGGUUUAUGAAAAUCUAGUCAAUUCGGGCAUGGAUAUUGUUAAAGCCCAGGCGGAUGAAGUCGAACAUGUGUAUAAUCAACAGCAACAGCAGUUUGUGCAACAACCACAAUUUGGUCAACAUGGUUCACAUGUGGUAGUGGUGCAACCUCAACAGCAUUCGCAACAGUUUGUGCAACAACCUCAAUUUAUUUACCAACAACCCUUGGCGCCACAACAUUUUGGCCCACAAACAUCACCACAGUUUGUUGAACAAUCUGAAUCUGCCGGAAAAGGGCCCCGAUCCACCUCACCACUGCAACAGUUUGUGCAGCAGCCUAACAGUGGCUCGACUCUGAAUUUUCAGUCUCCACCCACUCAAAUCUUGGAUCCAUUCAAACCAUUUCAAUUCCGCCCAUCGCCAGAUGACGAAAACACGUUCUUCGACGACAAUAAUUCUUUAAGUCCAAAUACUACACCCCCAAGGCCAGAUGUAACAACAAGUACGGAUAGACCUGCCGUUAGAGCCUGCCGCCGCCUCCGGAAUGGUCUUAACGCUUCUCUGUCUCCCCACAUUUUGGGUGGCACACCCGCCGAACUGGGAGAAUUUCCCCAUAUGGUGGCCAUUGGUUACAGUCGUAUUGGUGGUGACAAUAGACCUCCCUAUGACAUACGUUGUGGUGGCACUUUAAUUGAUAAGCGUUUUGUGUUGACGGCAGCCCAUUGUGUUUCGGAGCGUGAUAAUACACCCUCUAUUGUGCGUAUGGGUGUGGUGAAUUUUACAGAUCCCAUAGAAAUGAGUAACGCUGUUGAAUUGAGAAUAAAGGAAACUUACAUCCAUGAUGAUUAUUUGACACGCUUAACUUAUAACGAUAUUGCCAUAUUGGAACUAGAACGUGAUGUGGAAUAUAGCGAGUACGUUUACCCUGUAUGUUUGUAUACAAAUGAGACAGAUCCGGAUACCCGUAUUAAACUGUGGGUCACCGGUUGGGGUACCGUGAAUACAACCACACGCAGCUUUUCCGACAUACUGCUAAAAGCUCCUUUGCAUACCUCGCCCUUGGAGAAUUGUAAUGAAAGCUUUACGGAAUAUGGUUUAAAUAGAAGAAUACCCGAGGGUAUAAUACGCACACAGUUUUGUGCCGAAGACAAAGAUCAAAUAAAAGAUGCCUGCCAAGGAGAUUCGGGUGGUCCUUUGAAUUUAAUAGUGGAUGAAUCCUAUAAAGACUACCGUUUGGUUGGAGUGGUUUCUUCUGGUUUCGGUUGUGCUUCCUCAACGCCUGGUUUAUAUACUAGAGUGGCUGCUUUCUUAGAUUUUAUAGAGAAAAUUGUAUGGCCCAAUGGUGGAGAUUAAACUUGGCUGCAUAAUACUAAUCUAAGUAACUAAAACAAAACAAACAAAAAAAAAAUAAACAAUUUAAUAAACUAAAGCAAAAAGCAACUAAAUGAAUAAGUGUGAUACGAUUUUGUUUAGCAAAGCAAAUAAAUUAUAUUAAUUAUUUAAGUCUAUAUGUUUUGCCAUACGAUAUGUAAUAAAUCUUUAAAUAAUAAAAA